CAACAUCGCGGCGAAAGUAGUGCGCAAGCGCAUCGUGCAGGACAUCAGCUUCUUGAGGCCACCAUAUUGAAAACUUCAUUCAGUUUAUUCCGUUUUUUGCGACUUGUAUGAACCUCACACGUUUUGGUUGAGUCAUACUGACGUAUUAAUCGUGUGGUAUUCCUCGUGUACCUGUACAAUCGAACAGUCUUUCAAAAGUUUUAUUUUAAAGUUCUAGUGCUCGAUCCUACAAAAUGCCGAAGAAUAAAGGUAAAGGAGGUAAAAAUCGCAGGAGAGGAAAGAACGAGAACGAAACGGAGAAGCGUGAGUUAAUUUUCAAAGAAGAUGGUCAAGAAUAUGCUCAAGUUACCAAAAUGCUGGGCAAUGGAAGGCUUGAAGCCAUGUGCUUUGAUGGUGUAAAACGCUUGUGCCAUAUCCGAGGAAAGCUGCGAAAGAAGGUUUGGAUAAACCAAGGAGACAUUAUUCUGAUAGGUUUGCGAGAUUACCAGGAUGCCAAAGCAGAUGUUAUUCUCAAAUAUACUCCUGACGAAGCCCGUAAUUUGAAAACAUAUGGCGAAUUUCCAGAAUCCGUUAAAAUUAGUGAUUAUGUUACCUUCGUUGAGAACGAUCUGGAUGAAGAUAUUGAAUUUGGAGAUGAUGUGAGCUCAGGAGAUGAUGCUGAUCCUGUGGACGGUAUCUGAUCACUUUACCUUUAUGAUAUAUUAAUAAAACUAUGCUAAUCUUUAGGUUAGCGAAUGAAUGUACAAUAUCGAAAUUAGUUUGAAUAUUAUGUGUACAUUGUAUUAUACCUGAAUUCGACACUGUACAUUAAUUGGACAAAACAACUGUUUGAUAAAUAUUUUCUUUUUAAAUCAAUUUUAUUUAUUCAGUAAAUUCGUCGCACCUAAAAAUAGAUUUUGAUUUAAUGGAUUCCUGUCUAUACCCGCACAUUGGCUGUAUUAAACAUUCUGUAAAUUAUUUGACAGAAUUAUUACCGUCAAUGUAACGAUUUAGAAUAUUAUGUAGGCUUAAAUACAAUGUCUAAUGAAA